AUGGCCUCCAACGAUCCGACUGGUCUCCAGAGUGACCGGAGGCGGGAGCAGAGGGCAGCAAAGCCAAUUUUACAACCAAGGAGCCUCACCACCAGUGUGCGUUGCCAUGGUUCGCAUAUCUUGUUCUUGAAGGACGCAGAAACUCUAAGGGCUGGCUCCCCGUUCCGCUCGCCCGGGAUAAGAUCGUGCUCUCCGACCGGAGUCCAAAGGUUGGCAAUUGAGUUCUGUGGGUUCGUGUUUUUUUGGCCCAGCACCGCAUUAACGUACGAGGUCGGCGGCUGCAUCACCACUGGCGACGAAGAGACCUCCACAGCCAUGUCUGUCACUGGGGCGACCGCCUCUAUACUUGAUUGGUUCGCCGCAGAGCAGGAGAGAGUGAUAGCCGAGUCCGGAGGCCGUCCUGGCGGCGAAAGGUCCGGCACCGGAAGAGCGCUACCAGCUAUAGAAUUCGAGAGCAUCGUUUUUUUCUAA